AUGACCCGACCCAACACUGGCGGUGGUGUUAUUAACUGCUGCGUUGGUUGUGAACGGCCAAUUAUGGACAAGUAUUAUCCAUGCAUCGACGAUCAGAUUUGGCAUCAGGACUGUCUUCGCUGUGUAGUCUGUCGCGUUCAACUAGUGAGCCGAUGUUUCGCACGAAACGGACAGUAUUUUUGCAGGAACGAUUUCAUACGUGAUUGUGGUUGUAGUCUCUUCAGUCCGCGCUGUCCCACUUGCAUGGAGACGAUCCUGUCGACGGACAUGGUCAGACUGCUGGGUUCGGUUGCAUAUCAUGCUGACUGCUUUCGCUGCGUCCUCUGCGCGCGCUGUCUGGCUACAGGCGACGAAUGUCGAUCUCUCGGCGAUGGUGUGCGAUUUGUUUGCAUGGAACAUGACAGCGGCCAGAGAAUCUGCCGUCCAGGUACUCCGAGGAGUCCCUCUCGUUCCGAUAACAACUUAGAAGGCAGUGGUGGCGGUGAUUGUGGUAACGGGAAUAAACACGAAAGAGAUGUUCCUAACUUGCUACUCCAGCCUGGUUUUCUCCAAGCAGAGACCGUCAAAGAGACUAUAUACUACGAGCACCAGGACUCGUACGCUUCCACAGAAGCUGGUCUGGGCCACUUUGUACACAGUGAUCCAGAGCAGGAGCGAGAGGUCGACUCGCCGAUGUACGCAAGCAACCUGGAAGGCGAUGACCAAUCGGAGGAUUGUGGGCUCGAGCUAGCCGAAGUGGAGGGAGAAGUUGAGGACGGAUCAAAAGCCACCUCAGGAGCGGAUGAAGCUAGUGGUAGUCCUGCCUCCAAUGAAAUUUCUGCCUCCACCAACACUGCAGUGUCCACUCAGGUCUCAUUAGAAGGCAGUGGAAGCACUGUCGUUGCAAAGCGACGCGGGCCUCGAACUACUAUCAAAGCAAAGCAGUUGGACACUUUAAAACAGGCCUUCGCUACCACGCCAAAACCCACCAGACAUAUUCGCGAACAAUUGGCUCAAGAGACCGGCCUCUCUAUGCGCGUCAUUCAGGCGAGUCUUCUACUCCCACCCAUGUUCCAUGAGUGGUCGGUAUGGUUCCAAAAUCGUCGCAGCAAGGAACGUCGGCUGAAGCAGCUGUCAGCGCUGGGGGUGCGGAGGUCCUUCUUUCAACAACAACAACAACAACAACAACAGCACAAUCACCACAGCCACCACCAACACUCGGCUAGGAGACUGCGGAUAGGAAGUGGUGGCGGUGGUGUGACAAGCAGUGUCCCCUCCCUAGAACCAGCCACCUUCGCCUCUGACGACCUGCCUUCCGAAAUGAUGGCAGAGCUGUUGCAUAUACCACCUCUCCCGCCGCCACCAGCGCUACUUCCACCCCCAGGUUAUCAAAGUGGAUUUUUUUGUGUCGAAGCGCAGCGAGAAUUUUACAAUACAAUGGCGGCAGAGGCCCCAAGUACGUUGCCGAUGGGUGCUUCGGUGUUCUCCUACGGAACGUCGCUGUCGCCACCACCACCAUUACAAUCAGGAUAUCAAAAUCCUUUCAGCGGAGGAGGACUUACGUACCCCUCACGGCACGAGAGCAUGACCAAGAAGGCACCCCUUUCGUCCGAGCAUCCUCUCCUACCACAACUGUCCUGCGAACGAGAGUCCGAAAAAACCCUCGAUGAUCAGAUCAACGAGUCGUCAGUACAUUUCUCCGACGAGUCUGGAUACACCCCGGAAAAGGCAAUACUGAGUCCUCUUUCUGAGCCUUUCUCCCAGUUGGAGAGUCGCUUCAACAGGAGCACGGCGUUUAUCGUAGCUCCUGGUGAUCAUGGCUUCACCUCGCUCCCGAAUACCUACUGUCAUAGCCAUCACCACCCUCAUCAUCUCCAGCAACAGCAGCAGCUCCACCACCACAAUCUCCAACCCACACUGAACCAGCAACUGGCGAACCUUUCUCCCAUUAAAUCACAGAACUCAACAUUGGAUCAACUCACCUCUGCUAGUGCUCUCGAGUGCUCUUGGUAG